AUGACUUUUUUAUUAAAGAAAAUAUUUUCGUUUCCCCUUGUAUUGUGUGUAUUAUUCCUAUUGUUCAAUAAUAAUAUUUUUAAAAAAUGGUCAAAUAUAAGACAUAAUAAAAAUAAUGGGUUAAUAUUAACAAACAGAAGAUGUAUGGCAGAAUGUUAUACAAAGGAAUCUUCAAAAAAUAUAUUAUCUAGAAUUGGACCAUUAAUACAAUUAAAAAAUUGUAUGAGUUCUUCAUUAAAAUCAGAUAAAGAAGUUGAUAAUAAUCAGAAUGAUUUAUUUAAAUGGAAUGUAACAGGACUUUCAUAUUUACCUAGUGUUUCAGCAGUUAUUCCAGGAAUUGGUGGAGAAGUAACUGUUAGUGCUCAUUCAAAUAAAAUCCCCAAUGAUAAUCAUAAAUACGGUUCUAGAUCGGAAGAUAUUUUGAAUAAAUCUGAAGUUGGUAUACCAUCUUAUAUGGUAGAGACUCUUAAAGAUGAGGGUCCUCAAGUAAUUAAUGGUAUAAUUGACAAGUUAAUAUCCGAAAAUACUGAAGAUUUAGAUUAUUAUCCUUGUACACUUGCUGAAUUUACAGCACUUAGUGUAUUAUUUUCAUUGUUACCAUCACUUCAAUUACAAUUAAAUGAAACCUCAUAA